GGCUCCAAGGUCACAAAAUCACAAGGUCGUGACCCAGAAAGACGUUUCGUGGAUUGCUUCUCAGAACACUUGACUUUUAUAGACACUAAUGCCGAGGGAUAUUAUUACAUUGCAGCUCGGCCAAUGCGGCAACCAGAUUGGUAUGGAAUUCUGGAAGCAACUCUGCACUGAACAUGGCAUCAGCCCAGAGGGCCUGCUGGAAGAUUUCGCAACCAACGGAACCGAUCGGAAAGAUGUCUUUUUCUAUCAGGUUAGUGUAUUUUUUUCCACUUAUCUAUCUCCUGCACUUUUACCUGUUGGUUACUCCUUGGUUGGUUCGCUUCUUUUGCUUCUGUUAUGUAAUGGAAAGCGCAACUUGGCCCCUGUAUGCCAUACGGCGCACACCCAAUAGACGGAAGAGAGUGCUCUGCACAAAAGGUACGUACGACGAUGUAUUUCGUAAAGUAACACAGUCUGGACGCAAGCAAAGUAACUGCGGGCGAUCGGUCGAUAAUCACUCAUCCAACGGAUUACAAACUGCGAAAUACGUGUGUGUGCGCAUGGGGGUUCUAGAGAACUAGCAGUGACAUCACACGCUCAACGGUUUCUAUUCCAGCAAGAAUUCAUGUUGCAGCAACUCUAGCCUUAGUAACUAUUUUUUCACCCCUACGUCUUUUUUGUAACCCGGGACCUUACUUGUCCUGAAUUCAUCCCAAACAAAAUGCAGGUGUCUUUUUACUUUUUUUGCAUUUUGGGGUUAGUUUUACUCUUUGAUUCACGAUUAUUUGUUCCCAAUUCGUCAAAACUUUACAGUUAUCGUAGAACUAUCGAUAUCAGAUCCCUUUACCGAAUCCAUGAAACCGCGAGCCCAGAAGACCGAAGCUGAAUCUUCCACUGAAGUCACCAUGGUUUCUGCACCCUUUGCUUUGACUACUUUACUUACCGCCUUCCACUGAUACAUCGCGGGCCUGUUUCAUACUGUUGCUAAAGUUACCUGAUGUGACUGGCCUCCGUUACGUUCCCGAGACGUACCCUAUCCUAACAUUUCCAAGUUUAAGUUAACCAGUUGCUAGUCAGUGUUCUCAACAGUCACCGGUCACGCACAGCUUUUGUCCUCUAGCGAUUUCUUCCUGAUAAGCUGAUUGUUUAUGGUAUUUGGUUCGAGGUUGCAUUCGGAUUCGUCCUUGAAAGUCAACUUUGAGAUGCGUGUCACAUCAAUGCCCAAGUAUUAAUCACCAUUCCUACUUCUGUAAGCGGGAAGCUGCCGAUUCAAAGCUGCAUACUGGCCACAGCCGUGUUACGUAAUUCAGGUGACCCACUCUUUGUGUAUAGCAUUCUUCUGUUUUCGCAUUACUUCACAUGACCUUUGUCCUCAAUUUCCCGCCUCUUUUCCUCACUCCCAAGGCCGAUGAUGCACAUUACAUUCCGCGCGCUGUUCUGCUCGAUCUAGAACCGCGUGUAUUGAACAAUAUUUUGAGCUCUCCCUACGCACGUCUCUACAAUCGAGAGAAUGUUUAUCUUUCCAAAGAUGGAGGUGGGGCGGGGAACAUUUGGGCUGCCGGUUUCUCUCAAGGUGAGAAGCUGGAAGAGGCCAUUUUUGAUAUAAUCGAGCGAGAGGCGGAAGGAAGCGAUAGUUUGGAGGGUUUCGUGAUGACACAUUCGAUCGCUGGGGGCACUGGUUCCGGCAUGGGAUCCUAUCUACUUGAGCGCUUAAAUUCCCGCUUUCCGAAAAAGUUGAUCCAAACCUACUCAGUGUUUCCAAACGUAGAAGACACCAGCGAUGUGGUCGUACAGCCCUACAACAGUUUACUCACAUUGAAACGAUUGACUCUGAACGCCGACUGCGUGGUUGUUCUAGACAAUACAGCUCUCCACCGAAUCGCCGCCGAGCGUUUGCACAUCGAGACACCGUCGCUGGCUCAAAUCAAUCAGCUGGUGUCCAAGGUAAUGUCCGCCAGUACAGCCACCCUGAGGUACCCAAGCUACAUGAAUAACGAUCUGAUUGGUCUGAUCGCCCCACUCACGCCCACUCCAAGGUUACAUUUUCUCAUGACCGGCUACACUCCACUGAGCACUGACACCGAGGUGUCCACAGUGCGUCGAACCACUGUGUUCGAUGUGAUGCGGAGACUGUUGCAGCCGAAGAACAUGAUGGUCUCUACUCCAGUGCAGCGCGGUGUAAAUCAUUGCUACGCAUCCAUUCUGAACAUCAUCCAAGGUGAGGUCGACCCAUCCGAGGUGCACAAAUCCCUGCAGCGCAUCCGCGAGCGGCGUUUGGCUCAAUUCAUCCCUUGGGGACCUGCAAGCAUCCAAGUGGCCUUAUCCCGACGGUCUCCCUAUGUACAGACAAGAAAUCGCGUCAGUGGUCUCAUGCUCGCUAACCACACCAGCAUAUCAACACUCUUUCUGCGUUGUCUCUCUCAAUACGAUAAACUAAGAACCCGUGGCGCCUUCUUGGAACAAUUCCGCAAAGAGGACAUCUUCCGUGAUGAUCCCGAUCUGAAAGAGUUUGCAGACAGCCGACAGGUCGUACACAAUCUGAUUGAAGAGCACACUGCAGCGACACGCUCGGACUACAUCCACUGGGGUGCCCAAAGGGCCGUGGCGGUGGCUGCGACUCAGGCCGCUGCAGCAGCCGCCUCAAUGAGCAGCGCUCCAGCCUGAACCUUCAACAUGUGCUCUUUCGCACAGAACGCCACUAAAGUCCAUCGGCAUUUGAACGCACGAUCCGCCGUUGCCAUAUCGAUUGUACAUUGUUUGUAUUUUUAUGACCGUAUCAUUAUCCAUGCGUACGCAAACUGUCAAAUGAAAAUGUUUGCUCUCAUGUUUUUGGUUUUUCGAUUUGUACUUGCAGGCCUUUCUAACAUCUGGUAUUCUUUCCGAG